AAACUAUAUUUUCAAAACUUUUUUCAAGUUUUAUAUAACUUUUUAAACCUUUUUUUGUGCAAAACUUAGUUAAUCUACAAAUAAAUUAUGAAAAGUUUACUGUAUAUUACUGUAAUACUGUUCAUCGGUGUGACUGUCAUUAAAUCAGGAACUGGAGGACUCGGAUGAUACCGAUUCGACGGCUACUGAGCCCACUGACUCAGAGUCGGCCCCAAGUGAUGACAGUCCUACUGAUGGUAUGUAUAAGUUUUUAGCCAUUUAUUGAGAUAUUAAUUAUUAUUUAUA